AUCAUGGCGGCGUCGGUACAAAAAUAUGAGCUAAUUUUCAGCGACUGAAAAACUUUAAAAACACACUAACGCAGAUGAGAACAUGCACAGCGACAAGAAAAUAACCAAGGAAGACACAUGGAGACCUGCUGACCUGAGAAGACACAUCAGGGAAGAAGAUAGUGGUGAUCACUACGCCAGGAGGCGAGAUGACAAUGAACGAAAGCACCGUGGGGAGGAAUCCAGAGAGAGACGUCACAGAGACCCAGAGAAGGAGUCCAGACGAGAAAGAGAGAAGCCCAGGGAAAGGGAGAGUACGAGAGAGAGAAGAGAUGAAGACAAAAAGGACAGAUAUACAGAGCGAAGAAAAGAGGCCUCGCAAGACAGGAGAGGUGACAAGGAAAGGGACAGAGAGAAGAGAAGAGAAAGGGACAGAUAUAUAGAUGAAAACAAGCAUGGUGAUGUUUACAGUGAAAACAGGGACAGGAGGCGAGAUAGAGAGGAAAAGUACGAAAGGGAGAGGGACAAGGAAAGACAUAGGGAUAAGGAGAAAGAGAGGGUAAGGGAAAGGGAGAGAGAGAGACACAAUGAGGAGGGCAGGGACAAAAGGAGGGAAGACAGAGACAAGGAAAGAAGAAGAGAGGAAAGGGACAGAGAGCACAGGAGCGAGAGGGAGAGAAGAAGGCAUGAAGAAAGUGGGGAAAGACGAAAAGAUCCGUCAGAAAAGCACCACAGAGAGGAGAGAGAUCGACACCGGGAGAGAGAGCGACACAAUAAUGACUAUGAAGACAAGAGGAAUGAUAAAAAAAUUCAAGAGAGACAUGGAGACAGAAAGCAUUCAGAACGGAAAGAGGAACGAGAAGACAGAGAAAAAUAUAAAGAGGACCGAGAAAGAAGACACAAAGAAAGAGGGAAUCAUGAGGAGAAACGGAAACAUGACAGCGAAUCCAGGGAGCACCUAGACUUGAAAGGGUCGGGUGAAGAGGUCAGGCAUCAUCGCGGUGACAGAGAGCGAACAGAGGGGGACAAACACAGAGAGAGAAGGCACAGGGAGGAAGACGACGCAGAAAGAAAACACAGAGAAAGAAAACACAGGGAGGAAGAAGAUGGCGAAAAAAAGCUCAGAGAGCGAAGGCACCGAGAGGAAGAGGAGCUAGUAAGAAAUCACAGAGACAAAACCAGCUCUAAGAAAUCAUCAUCUGACAAAAAUGACAGACCUGAGAGGAAUGUGGUAGAAACGGAGGAAGUUGAAAUGACUUCUGAGCAGUGGACAGCUAAUGUGAAAGAUGAAGGCGACACAGAGAAGCCUCAGGUUGCCAAUGAUGAAGAUUUGGCUGACCAAGAAUAUGAAGAUGAUUUUGAGGAUUAUGAAGAGGACUUUGAGGAAAUGGAUGAGAGCGCAAAUGAAGGUGAAGACGAGAAGGAGCUGCUCCAUCGAGAGGUGGAUGAAGAGAGGGAGGAGCUCUCAGCACAACGGAGGAAGGAGAUUGAAGCAAUUCAGAGAGCCAUGGAUGAAGAAAAUGAAAGAGUUGGAACAGUUCAGUCCAUUCAAAGUACGAGCAGAGAGGAGGAAGACAGGUCUAAAUGGUCCAAAGACUCUGAAAAGAACCAGAGUAGAGCGUCUCAGCGUGGAAAGUUUAUCGACUUUGUGGCUGCAAAGCAGCGUGAAGUCAGCAAGAAAGUUGCCACCAAACAGAAGAAGCGAAGCACAGAGCUGCUUCGUUUAAUUGACUUGGAUUUCUCCAUGACAGUCUCGGUUUUUGAUUUGCCACCUGUCAAUGAAUAUGACAUGUACAUCAGAAACUUUGGAACUGUGAACACCAAACAGGCUUACGUUCAGUGUAAUGAGGAUAACGCAGACCGAGACAUCCAGACAGAGGAAAUAGAGAUGUGUGAAAAGUGGACACAGCAUCCUCCAGAGCACAGUGGAGCCUGUGGGGAUCCAAACCUUUCUCAGGAAGCAAGAGACAAAAACAUAAAUGAGAUGAACUUCGAUUCCCAGCGUCUGACAGCAUUUCUACGCUCAGCCUCGCAGGUGAUGGUUGUCUUGUUGGAGGAGGAUCAAGCUGAGAGAAAAUCACUGAGGAAGCUCAAGUCUCAGACAGACACGUUGUCUUUCAGUGAUGGAAGUUUACAGCUCAACACUCAGUUGCCUUUUCUUUAUGGUCGUCAAAUCAGCCUGCUGCACUUCUCUCAGGUCCAAAGACACACCAUGAUGUCAGUCCACAUGCCCACCACUAAGCCCAGCGCUGUGCGCCUUGACAGCUGCACCAUCAUCUGCAUCUGGAACAUCUGGGAGCCGUCCAGACCUCAGAAAGUCCUCGUCUAUGAAUCAGAGGUGCAGUGUUGCUGUUUCAGCCCUGGAAAGGCCAUACUGGUGUUCGCAGGCACAUCAGUCGGCUCUGUGGCGCUGUGGGACCUGAGGGAGCACAGCAGCAACCAUUACCGCUUAAAGAUAGGAGAGGAUGAGUGGACCUUCAGGCAGCCCACUUUCUCCACUGAUGCGGUGAUGGCCGGCUCGGGCCAUUUCUCAUCUGUCACGUCUGUGGAAGUUGUCCCCUCCUCUGUAGCCGGAGCGCUGAGGCCAGAGGUCCCACUUUUGGCAUCUGAGGAAGAGUCAUCAGGAUUGUCGUUCCAGCUGGCUUCUCUGGAUGAAAGCGGGGUUUUAAAUUUCUGGGUGGUGGUGGAACUCCCCAAAGGCAACGAGGCAGGCUGUCCAACAGAUCUAGGGCUCCGGCCCGGCGGCAAAGUAAAGUUGCUUCACAGCUCGUCCCUCCUCACUGCUGAGAGGCCAUCACUACGAGAUACAAUGAAGACGGGGCCGUUACAGUCACUGCUUUUAAAGUUCCUUCCAACAGACUCCAGUCAUUUCUUUAUUGGCACCAACAUGGGUCUGGUCAACCAUGGAACGAGUCACGGUUUGAAGGCUCCUCCGAAGUUUUACAGGUGUCAGGAGGCUGGACUUCGACCUGUUGACGUCACAUCAAUGCACUUUUCUCCCUUCAGACAACAUUUGUUCUUGGUGGGCUGUGGGGAUGGCAGCAUCAGGCUGCAUGCUGUCAGCCAUGAGCAGCCGUUGGCAGAGUGGACAGAUGGUACAGCUGGUGAGCCGGUGGUCUCACUGCAGUGGGCCCAGACCAGGCCGACAGUCUUCUGUGCGCUCGAUGCUGCCUCUAACCUCCACAUAUGGGACUUGUUGAAAAAUGACACACGGCCUGUCGUCACUGAGAGAAUGAAUGCAGAUAGGGUGACAGCUAUGGUACUGUUUGGAGACUCAGGACAACAAAACACAUAUUCAGGAAUAGUGCUGGCACAUGAGUCAGGAAAAAUAGAAAUGCAGUACUUCACAAGGAAUUUGACUGUGUCCAGCUCUGCAGAAGAGGAGAAGUUGGAGAGUAUGAUGACUGAAGCCUUUUGAAACAUCACUUCUUGUAUGUGUGCACUUAGACUGAUUAACAUUUGAGUUACUCCAAAAGAUUUUGAAAAUCUAGAAGAACAAAAGAUCAAUUUAUGAAUCUGUUGUCACGGUCACUUUCAAUACUUUGUUUAUUAGUUGUUGUUUUUUUCUUAAAUUCAUGACCCAUGGCUAGAAAAUGAACUAAUCUAUGAACAGAAUGUAGCGAAAUACCAAAGAUCCUCAACAGGGGUCAAUGUGUUCAGUAUCAUAAAUACAUUAUGAGAAAUAUUUGUACAUGUUUGCUGAUGUAAAUAUUUCUACUUUUUGACUAUAUAAAAUAUUUCUAUGGUGUUAACAAGUUCCAUUUUUAUACAAUAAACUGAUGUCUGUGCUGGUGUUA